AGACAACACCAGAAACCGAAAGAGGGGCUGUGUAGUGUGACGUUACAGCAAUCGUCGAAUCGAAAACCUGAGAAUAUUCUCCCGGAAGAGCCCUAUUCCAUUCACACAUUCAAGCCCGGAGUUAGGUAAACAAUGAUGAAGAAUGGAUUUGUGGGACCGGCGAAUGCUCAAAUACCUCCUCUUGGAGACCUUCCAAAAUCAUUAACUGUCAACCGGAAAGACGUCCAGGCUUACGACCUGAACCCGUUCUCGUUCUACGUCAACUACGAUACGAACAAGCUGCGGAAUGUGGAUUUGAAAGCUCAGGAAUUCGGUCAACGUUUCAAGAAAGAUGAUCACGCGGAAGAGCCCCAGCGAUGGGCUCUGGUUUCACUCGAAGACCGCUGGUAUCGAGCUGAGGUCUUGGAAAAAUAUUAUAACCGAGACGGAGAAUGCUACCGAGCGGAAUGUUGCCUGAUCGACACUGGCCGCAAGCUCCUUGUGGACAUCGAACGUAUAUUUCCGAUGCCUGCUGAAGUCCUCACCGCUGGUCCAGCCCAAAGUCUUCGAGUUUUCCCAAAGAAUGUGGCGGAAUGUAACCGACAGCUCUUCGAGCUAUUCGAGUGUUAUCCUGAAGUGAAAUUCCGAGUGGAAUUUGAGGAAAAUCUUAGCAAGAGCUGCAAGAGCAAGCCCCAUCUCGUCGGAUCCACAGCGGAAGUUUUCGUCGGAAACCAGGAAUGGAUGUCGCUCGUCGCGCUCCUGCAGACCUCAUUUAUCGAAGUAGAUGAGAAUUCGGUCGGUGACUCUCGGAACCAGAAGGGACUAGCUUCGCGAGUCGAUGGCAGAUCUUUGGAGUCGGAAAGCGAAGCCGACUACCCCGAGUCAGACGAUACGGAGCGUGAUGGGGGUGCCACCGUUCGGCGCCGAGAAUCGCCAUCCCCUGGGGAAUAUGUUGAAACGCAACAGAUUGUUGAUCUCGUACUGGAUGCGAGCGGUGAUGGUGCGACUGCGCGUUCUACUUCCUCGCUGGUCGUCGCCGCAGUUCAGAGGCAAGCUGCUGUCAGUGGUCCACGGAUCAUGGACAGCGACGAUGAUUCGAGCAGCGGCGGAGACAAUAAAGUCCCAGGCCCGGAAUCUGACGAACACGUCGCGAAUAUAUCGUAUAUUCCUCGUGAUCAGAAGAUUCUCACUGAUGUGGAAGGGGAGAAUCAGGGAGCUAUGAUGACUCAACGGAGUUACGAGAACGCCAAACAGGUUGCCAAGCGCAACGAGUUUCGCGACCGAUUCUGCAGAAAUUUCCUAAGAACGGGAGAAUGUCUGGAGGGACAACACUGCCCCCACCUCCACGAAGUUCCUCUCGAGAAAGCUCUGACGGCAACAGGCCACACGGUCGACUUCCAGGACUUCCGAGAUAUCGACCUGAAAGGAAUCGACGUCGGCUUCGGAGUUUGCACUCAUGUCGAUGAGAGCGGUUGUGUUCACCUUGUGCUGCCCUACGGAGCCCUAUCGAUUUGGGGCGUCUUGGAGUGCAAAGGGAACCUGGAGCUCGAGUUCCGUCAAAUCUCGAGAGAGCUUCCAGCGCUUUACGAUCAUCAAAUGGGGAACAAGAACAAAGUCGACCCGAACGGAGAUGUAGCUGUGGUUUGGGUUGAGAAACCUGACAGUGGACGCUUACGGAACGUGUGCCAAGGAUGGUAUAGGGCGAAAAUAUUGAAACGGGAGCAGAAAUCUUACAAAGUGUAUCUAGUGGAUCACGGGGCAGAGCUCUCCAUCGAGAAGGAGCAUGUGUAUCCACUCGCUAAAAGUCUUCUCAGUUUCCCCAAACAAUCGAUCAGAUGUCAGCUUCAAGGCACCAAACUGAUAGGAAACGAGAGCGCGAUGCUCGACAUGCUCAAAGGGCACAUCAUAAUCUUUAAGCUGUACGAGUACAGCGUGAAGGACAACCUGCACAAAGUAGAGCUUUUUAAAAAAACCGAAGAUGUCUCAAUCCACUACGGCGAGGAGCUGGUGAAACGAGGUAUUCUCGCUCGAGCCGACACCCCGUAG